UUCUUUCCUACGUCUUCGGUCCUGUUCCACGUCAAUUUGAGGUUGUUGGAAAUGUUUACAAACCAAAAGCAUAAAAUAAAUCAUGAAUCGUGGGCAUUUCUACAAACACAGCUAUCAUUUGCAUUCAUGAAAUGAUUAGCAAGAUGGAAUUCUAACAAGUGCGUGGAUGCUCUUGACUCCUCAUCUCAGCCAGUAGAGAGGUCCGCUGAUAGGUGUUAUGGGUCAGAUGCUAAGGCGCCUGCAUGAGGUGAAUCAGUUAGAUUGUGCAGGGGUGAAGAGACGGAGUGUCUUGAAGUGUGAGGGUUUUCCAGACCUUGAUUCUUUACCCCCUGAACUUGGGUUGACUGUGCUGUCCUACCUGAACCCAACCGAUCUCUGUUUAGCCUCUUGUGUUUGGGGACACCUUGGAAAUGAUGAGUUUUUAUGGCAAGGCCUGUGCAAGGGUCAGUGGGGAUACACCAGUGUUUACAGGAGGGCUCGCAACAUUCCAGACUUUUCUUUCAAGAGAUUAUUUCUCCUGCUGGAUGAAGCCUCACUCACUUUCAAUGGAGAGCCUUAUGAGGGAAUGAACUACUUGUUCGAGCAUGAGAUACUAGAUGAUGACCCUGAAGAGAUAGCCCGGUUCCUUCAUACCACCAAAAAAAUAUGGCCAGUCCGGAAACGCCAGUUUCUUGAUGGCAGGCGAGAUGUUCUGGAAAAUUUAGUAAAACUACAGAAUUUCCAAGGCCAGUUUUUACCCAACGCUUUGAGGAAGUUUUUCACAGAGUUCUCUGCCCCUACUCAGCGCGGGAACUACCUGACAGAAGUCAUUGAGAAAUUCUCCCAACAGUUUGUGGCUUGUAACCCACAGAUUGGUCUCAGCCAAGACACAGUGUUCAUGUUGUGCUUCUCACUCAUUAUGCUGUCUGUGGAUUUAGCAUCACCGCACGUCAAGAACAAGAUGUCCAAGCGAGAGUUUAUCAAAAACACAUGUCGAGCUGCGGGUGAAGUGAGUAAUGACUUAGCAGGUCAUCUCUAUGACAACAUAUACCUGGCAGGUCAUGUGGCGCCUUCCUCACACUGUGAAGUAUAGAAUGGGUUUACCCUAACAAUACUACUCAUUAGUGCUUUCAAAUAUACAAACUUCCUCCGUCAAGUUUGUAAGAACCUCAAGAGGAAUAGACAUUUUUCUGUUUUCCAUUUCGUUUUGGAGGGGUGGUUAUUUAUUUUAUUUUCACAUUAGAAUAUUACAAUAUUAGAACUGAUGUUAAUUGAAUAUUUUCAUUUAUUUUUGAAGACACUGUUUCCCCACACUGCGCUGUUUAGUUAACAUAAUAAAAGUCAUAUUUGCCAUGGUGCCUAUUAAAACCAUACACUACAAGUUACCGGUACAUAUGUUUUCUAAGACAGAGGGGUUGAGAAUAAACUGUCUAUAGAACUGAAACCUUUUAUAACAGAUGUGCAGCCCUUCUAUUAUCUUUUAAAGAUGAGUAAUGUACACAAGAGUAUAUGUAUAUGUAAACUCUCUCUCUUACAUGAGACCCGUGAAGGUCCGGGUUACCUUCAGUAACCCAUGCUUGUCGUAAGAGGCGACUAACAGU